AUGCUAUCUGGACCCACCGAGAUCUUCUUAAUGGUCAUGCUCAUUUCUUUGAGCAAUCGUGCAACUACUACAAGCAGCUCACACAGAUUAUGUGAUUCAUCUAUUGUUCUUGAUUUGUUUGCUUGUCCUCUUGAUCAAGUUGGAGCAGCAGAAUUAAAAGUCCCUGUUGAGAGCUCAGGUGGUGGAUACUUAGCCGGCAUGGAUGUACAGCCGACCGAGUAUGAUUGUAUUAGAACAGAGGAAUCUGGAGUGUCUAAGCUACAAGAUGAGAAGAGGGAUUUAAAUAAUGAAGGUUUUGAGAAUCAGAACAACAAUGUAGAGAAGCCUAAAAUGCCAAUUUUAUCUCUAAAGGUUCUGACGAGAAUAGUUUUGUAUUUGGAGGAAGUGACAAUGGGAGUCAGCUUGGCAUCUAAAAUUCCAGAGUCAAUGAAGAAAUUGAACUUGGAAGACUCUGGGAAUGUUGGUGUUUCAGAGAAGUCUAACGAUGCUAAUCCUCACCCUAAAGCCUAUGAUAACAAUUUCGCCUUUGGCGGUGGCAAGAGCACUGGAGAUUUUUCUGUUAGUAGCUCAGCAACUACGCUUCCUGAUGAAGAAGAAGGCGAAGAAGAAGGAGAAGAAGGAGGAGGAGAAGGGACGGUGGUGAUUGGCAACUACAUGAGCUUGGCAAAUUCACAAUUAGAAGGAUCAAAUGCAACAGAUCGGGUAGCCUUGUUGGCCAUCAAGUCUCGAAUAACCAAUGAUCCCUUUCAUGUUUUCAGCUCUUGGAAUGACUCUGUCCCAUACUGUGAGUGGCCAGGCGUUAUAUGUGACGAUUCAAACAGGGUCAGUGCCUUGGGUUUACAGUCAAAUGGAUUGGUGGGUUCUGUGGCUCCAGAAAUAGGAAACCUGAGUUUCCUUCAAGAGAUUUCGCUCCAAAACAAUAGCUUCUAUGGUGAAAUCCCUCAUGAAGUAAGCUUUCUGUCUAGACUUCGUUAUUUACUUAUAUCCUACAAUUCAUUUGAAGGGGAAAUCCCACCCAACAUAUCACAAUGCUCCAACCUUAUAGAGCUCAGUUUAGGUUCCAACAACAUUGUGGGGAAAAUUCCAGUAGAACUUGGCACUUUGUCCAAGCUUCAACUCCUUUCAUUCCAUUACAACAGAUUGAUAGGGCAAAUCCCAUAUUCCUUUGAGAAUCUUUCAUCCCUUCAAACCAUUUCUGCGGCAUCAAAUGCUUUAAGUGGAAGAAUUCCAGAUGCUUUUGGCCAAAUGACAAGCUUAAAGUUUCUCUCACUUUUUGGAAACAAGUUUUCUGGUACUAUCCCUCCAACUAUAUAUAAUCUUUCCUUACUCAGUAUUUUUGAUGUUGGAAGUAAUCAACUUCAAGGGAGUCUUCCAUCAAAUUUAGGGUUUAGUCUUCCUAAUCUAUGGUGGUUUUCAAUUUCAGCAAACCAGUUUCAUGGAUCAAUUCCAAUUUCUGUGUCCAAUUUGUCAAAACUCCAAAAGCUUUUUGUUGGCGAAAACAAUCUUACUGGGAAAGUGGCUAUUCAUUUUGGAGGCCUAUCAAAACUCUCUUGGCUUUCAUUGGACUCAAAUCAUUUGGGAAGUGGAGAAGCUGAUGACUUGGAUUUUGUAAACACUUUGAUCAACUGUAGUAAUUUAACAGUUUUGAACCUUGGUGACAAUCGGUUUGGUGGUGUGCUCCCUAACUCCAUAGCAAACUUAUCGACCCAAUUGACAAAGCUCUUGUUGGCAAAAAAUCAAAUAUUUGGAGAGAUUCCAGUGGAGAUUGGGAACCUUGUAAGCUUACAACUCUUGAGUCUAUCUGAUAACUUACUUGAAGGAACUAUUCCAAAUUCCAUUGGGAGACUUCAAAUGCUAAAUAGACUCGAAUUAUAUGGGAACAGAUUCACAGGGUCAAUCCCGUAUUCUCUUGGAAACUUGACACUAUUGAUUGAGCUCUACUUAGGAGAAAAUCUCUUGCAAGGAAAAAUACCUUCGAGUCUAGGAAAAUGCAAAGAUUUGUUACGCUUGGGCCUUUCCGGUAAUAGAUUCAAUGGUAUUAUCCCUAGAGAUAUAUUUGAUAUUUUCACGUUAAUAGAGCUAAACUUGAGUAGAAAUUCUUUCUUUGGUUCUAUACCUUCGGAAGUGGGUCGACUGACUAAUCUUGAAAUAUUUGAUGUUUCUGAGAACAUGUUGUUUGGGGACAUCCCUAGCACACUUGGUGCUUGUAUAAGCCUAGAGCACAUUUUUAUGGGGGUUAACUUAUUUCAAGGAUCUAUACCAUUGUCUUUGAGUUCUCUAAGAGGUCUUCAAGGGUUAGAUCUUUCAUACAAUAAUUUCUCUGGUUUUAUCCCAAAAUUUUUGGGUACAUUAACUUUUUUACAAAAGUUAAAUUUAUCAUUUAAUCAAUUGGAGGGUGAGGUACCAGUAGAUGGAGUCUUUGGAAAUUCGAGUACAGUUCAAGUUAUUGGAAACAAUAAGCUUUGUGGAGUAAAGGUCCUCGAUAUUAAUCAAAGAGUUGAUUCCAAGAGUUUCAUGGUUGAAUGUGAAUCCCUUAGAAACAUCUCGCAUCAUAAUCUUGUAAAAUUCUUGACAUCUUGCUCAAGUGUAGAUUUUGAAGGCAAUGAUUUUAAGGCUCUAGUAUCAUUGGAUUAUCUUCACCACCAUUGUCAUACACAGAUUAUUCACUGUAAUCUAAAGCCAAGCAAUAUCCUUCUUGAUAAUGAUUUGACUGCACAUUUGGGUGAUUUCGGGAUAUCAAGAAUUCUUUCAAAAGCCACUCAAAAUUACACUAGCUCAAUCGGAAUAAAAGGAUCAAUUGGAUACAUUGCACCAGAGUAUGGCGUAGGUGCUGCUGUUUCAACGCAUGGUGACGUCUAUAGUUAUGGGAUUCUCUUGUUAGAGAUGUUCACGGGGAAGAGGCCUACUCAUGAAAUGUUUGAAGACAACUUUAACCUUCACUGCUGGGGUAAGAUGGCUUUACGUGACAGAGUAAUGGCUAUCAUCGACCCAUCACUUCUCCUCGUUGAAGAAUAUGAAGAAAAGGCAGCAAAAACUGUAGCCAACACCACUGGAAGUCGAGGUUAUAUGAAGGAUAGAGUGCGAGAGUGCCUUAAUUCAAUUAUUAGAAUUGGAGUUUCCUGCUCAGCUGAAUCACCAUGGGAUCGAAUGAACAUAAAUGAUGUGGUUAAAGAGCUACAUCUGAUCAAGGACGUUUAUCUUGGAGUUGGCACUCACUAA